CGCAAUUAUUGCGGUAAAAUAUGGUCGAAAACGAAUUUAACUAGCUACAGUUUACGCACGAUAACCAUUGCAAAACGUUUAACACUCGUAUUAAUCACUUCACGAUUCUACUGCGCGUGAAAACGAGACUCACACGCAAAACCCUGGCCACACACACGCUCUGAAUUGAAUGCUGUGGUCGAUCCGGAAGGUUCAGUGUACCGUGAACCGUGGGUCAGUAAGAAAACAUAAACACCUGUUUCGGUCUAUCCAUCGACUAUUGCAGUUCCAGUAAAACAGUCCUAGUUUCGCUGAAUCCGAAUAGUCACGGAACGAUCAAGUUCGUCAAAUCGUGUGACUUUCGGGUGCGAUUGUACGAGAACCACACAUUUCUCCGUGGCCGCGCGUGUCUAAGCGAACAAACGCGUGUGUGAUUCGUUGCACCGAAACUUGUGAACUGUCGUGAAGCGAUGUCAGUACGUCGGCGUGAUUUAAGUCCUCCCCCGGGGCGCGGUCCGGGAGGUGGAGGCGGCGGUGGUCCGCUCGGUGGCAGCAGCAAACUUCGUAUGGAUCGGAAUCCCAGCCGGGCCAAGAUUACUGAUCCAAGCCAUCCUGCAGGCAAGCGGAAAGAGAUCGAUAACGUCAUGAAGAAGGCCCGUGCCUUUCCGAAUGAAACGUGGGAUAAAAAGCUUUUGGAAGCGGAAGAAAAGGAUCCCAACCGUUGGCGCCAUACAGGCUACAAAAAAUUAUAUAUUGAGGAUGAUCCCAGCAGCUCAGAUUCAGACCGUGGUCCAGGUGGUGGUGGUGGUGGUACCGGUGGUGGUCGUUAUGGCAACGGUAGACGCAGUAGAUCGCCGCGAUCACCACGUCCGACUCAUCGACGCUCACCGUCACCGAUGCAAGCAAUGCGCAAACGCCAUAUAUCGCCGCUAUCACCCGUCCCGAUGCGUCGUCGGUCUCCAUCUCCGUCACCGAUCAAUCGUAAACCACCACCACCUGAACUGAAACGACGACCCCGAUCGCCCUCACCAAGAAUGCGCCGCAAAUCACCAAUGGGGAUGAUGCGACGCCCUAUGUCGCCAGGCGAAAUGCGACGGCGUCCAUCACCGCCCGGUAUGGGGCCGGAUUCACCACGCAGAGUACCUCGCCGUAUGUCACCACAUCUGGGUCCUCCGCCGUCGAAGGGAGGACGGCUGCCACCACCGGUACCACGUUCGAAGCGACCUCCUUCGCCACCACCAAGGAUGAGCCGUUCGGCCUCCAUGAGUAGCUGUUCCGAUGAUUCCUGUUCCGGUUGUUCGGUUGACGAUCACCGUCGUCGCCGCCGUCGUCCUUCAAGGGCUCGAUCACCACCGCACAAUAACGGUCCAAAAGGAUUCCGCCGGGAGGGCCUCGCGGGGAAUCAUGAUAGCCGUAUGCGUCCGAUGAGUCCACCGCCAGUGGAUCCACGCCGUAAGCAUCUGCCACCGCCCGAACCGCUACCGAAAGGGCAUCGCGUUUUAGAAAAAACUUCACGUGAUCAUCGUCCAUCACGAUCGGGCCCACAACCGCCUUCCGAGCAACGCACAAGGCGUCCACAAACACCGGAUUCCGAUCGCGCUUUAUCACCUCCGAAGCGUUCAAAGCAUGCAAGCAAAUCGUCUAGCACUGUCCCAGCGCCGGAAGAAACGCGACCAUCGAAGGUCCGUGCAUCGAAACAACAGGCAGCUCCGUCAUCUGAUGUGGCUGGCUCAAAUGGGCACGAUGCUGCAUCCCGGCCGUCAUCUGCCCAGACGGCUCCGACAGCAGCAGCAAGCUCCUCGAGCACGACCCACAAAAAACAUCAUAAAGACAAGAGUGCAGAUAAACUGCGCGCCCGUGUGAAAAUUGAAGGCGAGCCGAAACGUCGUUCCCGACCACGCUCUCCGUCAAGCGGUUCGGAGGAAUCGAGCAGUAGCGAAAGUUCCCUUCCACGUUUUACGGCCACCACUCGCAUGACCCUUUCGGAGCGCUUUGGUAAAAUGGCCCAGUGGAGUGUCGAUCGAUCGAAUAUGGAAAAUAUGCGCAUCACGAAGAACUCGUCCGGCGGGGAUCUGAAAGUGAUGAUCGAAGAGGAACUUGAAGCACCACCGACACGAUACACCUAUUCGCCAGCCCCGGCCGGACACUUCCCCGAAGAGUUGAUGACUACUGGGCCGAGUGGUUUGUCAUCGUGGGAUGACGUACGGGUACGAUACGAGUACUACAAGGGACGCGGGUAUUUGCGGGAUCUCGAUUUGCAAGAUUACAUCAAGUGGGAGGAGUGGUGGUACAAGUACCAAGAAUGGCUCAAACAAGAACGAUACUACGAGCUGUGGGAACGUUCGCAAAUGAACCGCCGUCGUAAGAAGAUUCCCAUUGCGCAGCGGCUAAACUAAAAGGGCUAGCUGUCGUUCCCGUUUUCGGAAAGUCUAUUUAUCUCUCCAUUGAAUUUUGUAGCAUAAAAGUAUGAACGGUGUCCAGGAAAUUGACACCACAACAGGUAUAUUUUAGAAUGAGUUAUA